AUGCCUUCUUAUCCGGAAACCGAACUCUACGUCAAGUUUGUUGACGCAGGGGAUUUCCCACAUAUUGGAUCUGGGCAGAAGGAGGCACCGCUCCCGUCGGAUUUGAAAAACCAUGUGCGAGAUAUCUCCAAAGUUCAGAAGGAAAAACUGAUAGCCGCCGUGACCCAAAAGAUUACCACGCUGCAAGAAGCUCAAACUCAAGUUCCUCCGCUUUUUGGCAAAGAAGGGUCCAGUGCGAAAGAGGAAUGGGAGAAACUUCUUCGUAUGGCGGUAGAGAAAAAGAUCCCCGGUGCAGGAGAAGCCCUGGAAAAGCUUGGUUCGCUCCAUGUAUCCGAGGAAGGUCGACAGGAGGAUCAGCUGAACCCCUCAAUGGCUUCCCCGAGUCUGGACUCCGAUAGUCGAGGAGCGCCCAACCACUCGGGUGCAGAUGGCAUGGACCUUGACAACCAACAGGAAACGGAGAAUAACGACCAGCAGGAGAACCCUCAAGAGAAAGAGCCGAGCGGCUCUGACACGCAAUCCCCAGCAAGGGGAGAGAACAACGGCCAGCCGGAGAACCCUCAAGAGGAAGAGCCGAGCGGCUCUGACACGCAACCGUCAGUGGCCGUGAAGAGAGAAGAGUCUCCUUCUAGGAUAACAGCGAGUAUUCCCUCAGUUAGCCCGGAACCGAACCGGCCAAGACCAGGUCACAGAUUGGAAUUGGAAGAUGAACUCGAUGAAGUGCCAUGCGAGAACGUUGGCUGGACGCAAGUCGGCGAAGACAAGUGCCAUGAUUGGCCUUGGGUCACAAUGCCUUUGCCCAACGGUGGUGCAAUCAUGGCUGAAAAACAGACAAACAGGCAGUCGCUCGGUUCUAUGAGGGCUGGCAAAAAAGACACCAUCAGCUUGUUUGUCGUGGAGAUCCCUGUUCUAGAGGAGGUCGAAGGAACUGAUGAAUGGAGAACUUGCAUCUGA